CUGCAAAGAUACCCGGAUGAACUCGCGAUACACCGUGGAAACAUGUCGAAAAGGAGAGUACCUAGUGGGGGAACCGCGGACACGAAACCAGCUACAAAGCACCAAAGUCGCGGUGUUCAUUGCUAGUUUUAAGUAAACGUAGGAGGCUAUUUUAGUAAGUCCUUGAAGAGGAGCCGUCUGGUCUGCAUGGGUGGCUAAAACCGCCCUAAUCCGAACAAUAGACCGAGCGGGACGAAUCGAGAAAAGCGACGGCGUGAGAGGGCUUAAACCGGGACAGGGGUGCUGUGUCGGCUUCUCGCUGGGUUGGGGGAUGUUAUCCGUACUGUCUUAUGGCAGACUGGUAGCCCGGGCUGUCCUCGGUGGACUCUCGCAGACGGACGGGCACGACUACAGCCUCGUUACCGCCAGCUAUGGCUUCGGCAAGGACUUUCGGAAGGGGAUUCUUAAGAAAGGGAUGUGCUAUGGGGACGACGCCUGCUUCAUCGCAAGGAACAAGAGCGCAGACGUUUUGGGCGUAGCGGAUGGCGUGGGUGGCUGGCGGGACUACGGCGUAGACCCAUCUCAGUUUUCCGCCACGCUGAUGAGAACGUGCGAGCGUCUGGUAAAGGAGGGCCGCUUCACUCCCAGCAAUCCAGUGGGCAUCCUGACGUCUGGCUACUAUGAGCUCCUGCAGAACAAGGUUCCGCUUUUAGGGAGCAGCACCGCCUGCAUCGUGGUGCUGGAUCGACGGAGUCACCAGCUCCACACGUGUAACCUCGGCGACUCUGGCUUCCUGGUGGUGCGCGGAGGCGAGGUGGUGCACCGUUCAGAUGAGCAGCAGCACUACUUCAACACGCCUUUCCAGCUUUCUAUCGCCCCGCCGGGGGCCGAAGGCGUCGUGCUCAGUGACAGUCCAGAAGCCGCUGACAGCUCCUCCUUUGACGUGCAGCUCGGCGACAUCAUCCUCACCGCCACGGACGGCCUCUUUGACAACAUGCCCGACUACAUGAUUCUUCAGGAGCUCAAGAAGCUCAAGACCACAAACUAUGACAGCGUUCUGCAGACUGCGCAGAGUAUCGCAAAGCAAGCUCACGACCUGGCCUACGAUCCCAACUACAUGUCGCCGUUUGCACAGUUUGCGUGUGACAAUGGGCUGAAUGUAAGAGGAGGAAAGCCGGAUGACAUCACGGUGCUGCUGUCCAUCGUGGCCGAAUAUACAGACUAGGGAGUGUGCGUGCUCGAAUGUGUAUUUGUGUGCGGUGGGAGCGCGUGGCGCUCGUGUGCGGGGCUCGCUAACCCCCUCCCCCUCCCGUCCGCACGAAUCUUCCUCCGUCCUGCGGGCCCGCCCGUCACGACGCCCGCUCGUCCACCCGUGUCCAUUUUGUUUUUGUUUCUUCCUCUGUUUGGUUCGAGUGUCAAAGGGGGAAGCGGGCAGCUAGCAUAGUUCCAUGUUGAUCAUGACGCAGGAGUAGCGCAACGCGGCACAUAACGGCGUCUCAAUUGCACAUCUGUGAGUAAGAAGCGACAUAGGACGAGGAGUAAGACAGGCUUUGCCGGUUUUUGAGAAAAUAAUCUACAGUUGGGGCUCGAAUGUGUUUUUGUUGCUCCAUUUGAGUCCGAUGACAGAGGAGUAUGCUUUGGGAAAGUGAAUGACGGAUGAGAUAAGUAGUCCUUAAAAUCGCUCAGAGGGCACGAAACAGAGCCCACAAGACUCAGUUGAGCCAACAUACAAAUGUCAUUGAGGUUUGGGGCCGAGGGAAGGAUGUGCCUCUUUCCGGUUGUAAAUUGUUCUUUUUUGGGACUGUCUCCGCUACUUUUGGAUUUAUUUUUGUUCGAUUUACUGUUGUGAGCAAUGCGUUCACAGGCGUUUGAUUAAUCCCCACACUUCCACUUGCUGAGACGAACAUUUGCCGAGAUAGGAAAGGGAGUAAGUGUGCGUGUGUCUUGAGUACGAAUGUCUGUCAUGUUUUGAUGUUACGAGAAAUGCUUUUAGCAUUUGUUAAUGCUCGCGGUUGCAAACGUUGGUCAUGUGUGAGGAUGAAAAGAUGUAUAUAUAUUUUUAAAAUUGUGAUAUUUGAAAGCGUCUGCCCUGAUGAAAUGCUGUAUUUCCUCCGAUUGUGGUUCACUUGAUGAACUCUUGGGGUGAGACCUUCAUUUGUACACAUGCGUAUGUAAUAAAAACCGUCCCAAAAUUUAGCAAUUCAUCCUUUUUGUAGGACAGUAAUUGUUCUGACAUCGCCACCUUAUGGGACUACAUUUUACUGAUGUUAUUUAAGGCGAGGUGUUUAUUUUUUCAAGUGCAUGAGGGAACUAUUUGAGGAAAUACGGUAUGUGUAUGGUUGAUGACAAAGUUGUAGUUUUUUUUUUUACUUUGUAUUGUGUCCUGUUAGCGUUUAUUGUGCAUUUUGCUGCUUUUUGUGUGUGUGUGUGUGUGUGUGUGUAGAGCUGAAUUACAUGAAACAUGUUCACCGUGAUUGUAAAGAGUGCUUGUGUGCGUGCAGCGUUUAAUCCCCUUACGUCAAUAAUCCCAAGACGCGUGUCCUCCCGUUGCGCUCGUGGCAAGAUGCCCUUCAGCAAACACUACUCUGGACAAAAUGUCUUGACAUUUUCAAAGUGGGCGCACCAAAGACAUUUGACUUUUCUGUAUUCAUCCGUACGCCUUGUCGUUGUAAACAUUAUGCAGCAAUACUGUACACUAUUUGUGCUCGGAAUAUCGUGUGAUGGCAAGAUGGGUCUCUGAAGAGAGUUUUUGUCUUUUUUUUUUUUUUUUUUGUCUCAAGUCUCAAUGUUGAUGAAUUUGUCUUAUGUGUGAUUGUCUGUAGCACCCGUGCAUGACAGGUUUCGCAAGCCAAAGAUGGAAAGCCAUAUAUAGAAUGCAUAUUAGGGAACCCUGCUCUGUACUGUAGGCUCUUCUGUAAGCAAUGUGUUGGUAGAGACCAAUAGGCCAAUAAUGUCACCGCUUUAUGUAUGUAUUAUAAAUGUUGUAGGAGCUGUACUGUUGGGGGCGGAGGUGGAAGGGUUCAUGGGAAAAGUCUUCACAUAGUAGUUGAUUACGCUGCGGAACAAUUUGA